ACCCGGGCGGAAGGCGCCGCGGCAGGGCAGCGGGAGGCGGAGCACGGGUAACAGAGGCUUCCGCCUUCCCGAGUUCUGGCGUCGUGAGGGAAGUGGAGCUGGGAACUCGGGGCGAUUCUUUUCGGAGAUGGUGUCGCUGCUGCCGCGCAUCGAGCGGCUCUCGUCGCGGGUGGUGCGGGUGCUGGGCUGCAACCCGGGGCCCAUGACCCUGCAGGGCACCAACACCUACCUGGUGGGCACCGGGCACAGAAGGGUCCUUAUUGACACCGGAGAGCCAGCUAUUCCUGAAUAUAUCAGCUGUUUAAAGCAGGCACUGUCAGAGUUCAACAUCGCGAUUCAAGACAUUUUAGUGACACACUGGCAUCGUGAUCAUACUGGUGGAAUACCUGAUAUCUGCAAAAACAUCCCAAAUGAUUCAGAAUAUCGCAUAUGUAAGCUCCCUCGUGUCCCUCACUGUGAAGAAACAAUAGAAGGAGGACAUAAAUAUUUUUAUCUUAAAGAUGGAGAUGUGAUACAGAUGGAGGGAGCCACACUCAGAGUUUUAUAUACACCAGGACACACUGAUGAUCAUAUGGUUCUACAUCUAGAAGAAGAAAAUGCUAUAUUUUCUGGUGACUGUAUUUUAGGGGAAGGAACAACAGUAAUAGAAGACCUGUAUGAUUACAUGAAAACUUUGAAAAAGUUGCUAGAAAUGAAACCAGAUUUGAUAUAUCCAGGUCAUGGCCCAGUAGUACGUGAUGCAAAUACUAGAAUCCAAAACUACAUUUCUCACCGACUUGCACGUGAACAGCAAAUUCUAAAUGUUUUCCAGCAGAAUGCUGGGAAAUCAUACACAUCCUCGGAGCUUGUAAAGAUAGUAUACAAGGAAAUACCUGAAAAUUUACUUCCAGCAGCAGAAAGUAACCUCCUAGUCCACUUGAAGAAGCUGGAAAAAGAAGGAAAAGUGUGUAAGUGGUGGAAGGAGGGUCAUUUUCAUUUUGAUGUUCUAUGCACUAUUUCUCAUGUUAUUUUAGUGCGUUAUUUUCUAGGGAAAAAAAAUGCAAUUUUUUGCAGUAGCUGUCCAUUAGACAAAUUGAAGCAGAGUAGUAUCUAAAAUGGUUGUACAGUAUUUCCAAACUCUUAGAAAGUAUUUUGUAAAGUAUUUGAGUGCUUAAAGCUCAGAUUACUGCUAUGCAUAUACCUUUAAAUUUUUAUUUAAAACAUACCAUAAAAUGCAUUCCUAAUGCUAGCUUUUAUACCUUCCUGUAUUUUCUGAAAUUCAUACCUAAAUAUGCAUAUACAAGUUAAACUCAUUUUAUGGGUUUAUAUUUAAGUUUUUGCUCUUGCAAAAUGCAUGUUUUUGUGUCUAUGUGUUAAUAGUGAUGGUUAAAAUCACACAGUGUAAAUUUUUACAAUUUCUGAUUAGUACGGUACUAAGUAGAGCUGCUGUAUUUAGUUUACUGUUUUUACAUUGUGCCUUUACUCUUAGUGAACAAGGUGAAGUAUUCUAUUUCUGUAAUGGCAUAUGCCUGUGGAAAUGUUACUCAGCCAAAGCUAAGGAAAAUACUUCUUCCUAUACAAUACAUAACUGCACCCAGGACUGUCUCUUUAAGUAAAUAAUUACAUUCAUUUACAGCUGUUGCAGAUUUUCAGCAUUUACCAACCUGAAUAACAACAUGAAAUCAGUAUAUUUUUUUCAACUUAAACCUUCUGUUUGUCUUAAUGAUAGAACGGCUGCUAGGUGCAAACUGAACAAUUGAGACCUAAUUUUUCUAAUAAUAAUAACAACCUGCUUUUUAUUCAAAGAAAAUAGACUAGAAUCACAUGAAUACAGUCAUUACUGAAGUUCAGGAAAUGUUCUCUUUAGUCUUUUGUGCAGAAUGCCAUAGAAACUGUACCAGCAUGGUACUUACUGCACCAGAUUUUAAAUAUUGUCUCAAUUCUUGGUUAUUAACAUAUGUCAAUGACCUAUACAUUUCUCCAGAUUCAUCAAGGACCUCAGGUGCUGUUUAUCCCUUCUUUUCACUCUUAAAGUAGUUCAAGCAACAGCAUUUUCUGUUGAGAUCCAGUAGUGGAUAAAUUAACUUUCUCAUUAAAGGUAGUCUUCCCUACAAGAGACUCUGCAUCUUGAAUGCCCAGGAAAUAAUUUGGUUGAGUGAGCUACUGACUUAAGGGUUUGUUUUCUCAAAACCACCCUUUUCAUAUUUACCAAACAAAAAUAAUCCAUUUUUUCUCAGAAAUCACUUUUCAGUUUUGAAGAGAGAGCAGAUACAGUCAUGUAUCUGUUCACAAAGUAUCAGCUACUUCAAAUUAUUAGAGUGGUUAAAUAACUAGAGGAGAUGCUAGUCAGAAUAAUUGUUGGGACUCUCCUACUGCAGCUGUUUUGUUUUUAAACUUGAAUUUGUGCUCACAGAGAGGGUGGGACACAGUCUCAUCAGAACACUUGGUGUUAUGUGCUGAUCUCUGCAGUUUAGGCCCAGACCUAUGGUAAAUGCUUAACAUCACAUCACCUUUGCCCAUUUUUCAGUUCAGAUUAAGGGCAUCUGUUAAGGAAAACUGAUUCUGUUGAUUCUGAGCAUGUAGCAUACAAAUGCUUGUGUACUCAUGGUACUUGCUCAUUUGAUUUUAAUAUCCUUUGAUGCCCUUCCCAUACUCCACGACCUUGCAGCAUCUCAAGUUUUGUUCUCAUUAUGGAAGACUUGAGCUGUAGACAUAACACUGUCUGCUUAAUUUUCACAUAACGUUUUUCCAAAGAAACAUCUUGUCAGUAUCGAUAAUGAAUGUGACAAGCAUAUUACAACCUUACAAGUGAGUUACUCACUGCAAAUUAUGGCCAUAUGCUGCCUGCUGCAGUCAUUAAUUAACCACUUCAUACUAGGGAUUGUGGGUUUUGUCAGUACAUAACUUUUGUAACUGUAAUUGGGAGUGACACUGCCUCUUACGGAUCUGCUUUUCUUACUUAAAACAGAAAAGUAAUAUCUUGUAAGCAGGAGCAUGGCACAAUGCUCACGUGUAAGCUUUCUCCCAUGUUUGGGUAUAAAUAAUUUGGUCAUUGUUUCACAUCAUAGCUGAUGAAGAGAUAAAAAUAAUUUGGCUGUUCUUAAUUUAUCAGCACAGACUUUUUUCCAUCUGAAGGUUAUAAAUUUCAGAAAAUGCAACAAGUGCUCUGCUACCUCAGAUUUCUUAAUAUCUAGAAAGUUUAAUAUACCAAACUUUAAAUAACUAGAGGAUCAUUAAAACCUUUUUAUCAAUCACUCUUUAUACUGCUAGGUUACAUUGUGAAACAGUUAGUGUUUAUUACCUUCCAUUGAAACUGAACACUGGCCUGAAGAAAAAUAUUUCAUUAGUUUUAAUAAAAAAUGUCACGUGUAGACAUACAUAUGCAUGUACAGGUUAAAUUUGAGAUUAUCUAAUGCUUAUAAGUAAAAUCUAAGUGUUGAUUUGUGACUAAUUUGGUCUCUUUUUCUUAACAGUACGUGAUGAAACACCCAGCUUCAGAUGGAAAAACAAUUUAUAAGUUAGGCAAGAUUGCUCAGGAAUGUAUUUAAUCUACAUGGUUUCUGUAUGAAAAAACAUAAUGAUGAGUUCAGAGUAUAUGUAAAAAAAACCCUUUUUUUAAAAAAAAUAGGUAACAAUUUUAAACCAAUGUUACAGUAAGUUAACUAAUGUUUUUCACGUUCUACUUUAUUGGAAUUUUAAAAAUAUCCUGGUGAGUACUGAAUUAAUAAAAUGGGAUGAGUGUGAAGAAUUGAAUCUUACCUUUGUUAUAAAAUGCUGAGUUUUAUCAUCAGUGGCAGGAGACAAAUAGCAAGGUCUUAUAAACUUAGUACUAUGAUAUCAUAAAGCAAUAUUAUAAACCCAAUAAAUCACAUAUAUAAAAGAAAUCUCUAGUAAAAAACCCCAGAAUUUAUGUUAUUCUAAACCUGGUUUCACCUUCUUGUGCUUCUCAAAAAGUGAUUUGCUAAUAAGUUACCUGUACAUUCUAAAAAACCAAGUUAUUUUUGCUAACAGAUUUAAAUACUGGGGUUUAUGUUCCUUUGCUAAUUCAGCUGAGUGUGCUCAUCUUCAUUGGUUGCUCAGUGCAAUAGGUGCAAUAGGAAAGUAAUUUCAGGCUUCUGUGUUUUUUGGUGGAGACACCAUUUCUAUGGAAUUCAUUCAAAGGAUUCAUUAAUUUUAAUUAACGAAUGUCAAAAAAUGCACUGAGUUAGAGCAGACUCUUAAAUUCUUUAUAAGGUUCUGCAAGAAUGUGAUUAAAAAGCUGUAUAAAUUUACAUAUGUGUUACAGGCCAUAUGAAGUUAACCUUGUCUGUGACAUAACAACUAACAGUCUUUAAGUUUUGCUGCUAAUCCACUUAAACUACAAAUAUUUUAACGAAAAGGUUGUAUUUGGUUGUAAGAUACUGUAUAGUAUAUAAAAGUAUGUUUGGAGAUUAAUUUAAACUGCAAGUUCAGUUCUCUGUGUACCUUAUGCUUGCAGAAUAGUGCAUAAGUAUUUGCAUUACUUCGUGUAUUCAAAGUGUGUGACAUUUGAUGAUACAUACAUUUCUUAUAACGUUGGCUCAGCCUUAAAAAACAAAAGCAGACCUGAGAUGUUUGAAAGUAUCAAGGACAAAUAUACGUCCUUGAAAACCUUUCACCAUUCAAUCCUGUACCCUCAUUUGUGUAACAUGCAUAUGUUUGGGUACUGAAGGCAUGUCUUAAUAAUUGACAUUAUUUUAUGAAGCUGAUGGCAUUUGUUCUGAUCAGCUGAGACAAAUCCAAAACAAAAAUACUCCCAAGAAUAGCAACCCAAAACUGAAAUCAUAUUCUGAAGUAGUAGCCAGACCCCUGAAGAAGAGAAAUAAUUACUUUCUGCCUAAAAUGAUGCUUCUUGCAAACUUCAUUGAUCUGAAACUUGGCCACAUCAUGACACAUGCUCACUUGUAAUUUUUUGUGCAGUGCCAUUUUGAGGUCUUUCUCAGGUCUUCUAGGUUUCCUUCCUAUUGUAUUUUCUGUUUACUUGCAUUUUUCCAGAUACUUUCUAUCCCUUCCUCCCUCAAACAUUUUUUUUCCUCAAUUCCUUUUGGAAUAGUGACUUCAUUUUCACAUGGACUUCUUUUCAUUAAUAAUUAGUUUUCCUAUAGCUAUUCCAUGAAUUUAUAGUUACCUUUUCCAUUGUUAGGAAUAAAAACAUAAUUAUCACUGCUUUUUUGAAAAAGAAAAAAGAUAAUUCACAUGAUCUGAAUGGUGUCAUUUUGCUUCAGGAAAAUAGAAUCCUCGGUGAAAUGACAGUUUUCUGUCAUGAGGUCUGAGAACCUAAGACAGCAGGAAACUGCUAUGAGGAGGUGAUGUCUUACUACCUUUCUGAGCUAAAGAAGAAAUCCAAUUUCACUUAACAAUUUCCUUCUGUUUUACUAUACAUUUUUAAAUACAUGGAAAUGGCUUUAGAAUCCAAUUAAAGAAUUGCUGGAACUUGAAGAUAACAGAGAAAGCAAGAGGAUACAAAUAGAAAACUCCAUGUUCUGUGCUGUGCUGCAGCAAAUGCCUGACAUCUUCAAAAAAAACCAAGGAAAAAGACUGUUCAACCAGGCAUGUCAUUAAUGGUCCUGUAUGGUGUCUUUGGAAUAUUAAGAGCAGAAAUUGCACUGUUACUAAGAUGCAUACAUAUAAUAAAGGAUACUUUGCUAUGGUGUGUUGAAAAA